CAGGCUCAUCAACUGCGUUAACCAACACUAGUUUAGCAAUCUGGCAAAAGAAAAAAAUAUAUAAAUUAACGACAUAUUGUUAAUGGAUAAAGAAUUGCCCACCAAACGAGGCAAAGACUAGACGCUCGGGAUUGGCGGCAACGACAACUUGGAGAAACGACUCAAAGGAGUUGCUGACCACGACACCGCAAAGCAAAGGCUAAAAUAAGACACCGGCGGCAAGAACAACAACAACAACAAGAGCCAGCCAUGACUUGGACCACGGAGAGCUACUUGCAGGCAAGUAGCCGGUUGUAUAUCUGCCUGAUUGUGUUCUCGUGCUGUUUAGGUCAGCUGGUCGUACUGGCCGCUGAGCCAUUCCACGACUCCGACUCCAGUGCCAAUCCUCUCAAGGUGGUUUAUGCCGUCAAUGCUGGCGGGGAUGAGCAUACCGAUCGAAAUGGCAUCCACUAUGAGGCAGAUCCUUUGCGGAAUGUGGGCAUAGCUUCGGAUUAUGGCAAGCAUCUUCUAAUGAUUGGUCGUGUCCAAGAACAGGAUGAAGUGCUCUAUCGAACGGAGCGGUAUCACACAACCACUUUUGGCUAUGAUUUUCCCGCAGAUGGAGAUGGAGACUAUGCUCUUAUAAUGAAAUUCUGUGAAGUCUAUUUCGAUGCGCCCAAUCGCAAGGUUUUCGAUGUGCUGCUCAAUCGGAAGCAUACUGUGGUCAAACAGUUGGAUAUCUACGAUCAAGUGGGUCGAGGAUCGGCCCAUGACGAGAUUAUCUACUUUAAGAUAAGCAACGGACGCCUGCAUUACGAAGGCGAGACAUCGGAUGUGCGAAAUGGCAAACUACGCUUGGACUUUAUAAAGGGAGCCUUGGAUAAUCCCAAAAUAAAUGCUUUUGCUCUGCUCAAGGGCGAUAUCUCUCAAGUGGCACGUCUCCAUGGCACAGAGGCAAGUGACAGAACAUCGGGGCCUGUUAAUAAGGAUGGCAAUGCCAAAUUUCGAGCCAAUCAGCAACAACAGGAUCGCGUUGUGCGCUCACAAAAGGAACUAAGCCCCAAGACGAAUGUGGACGAAGAUGAUGACUAUGAUGACGAUGAGGAUCUUGAUGAUUUGGAGCCCGAGGAGAGACAUCAACACCAGCUUGACGACUCGGAGGAUUCAUUACAUCAGCACCAACAACAGCACCAACAACAGCAGCAACACCAACAGCAUGCAAAUGGAAAUUCCAAACGUCCCAUUAGUGGUCCACGUCAACCCAAUCCAUAUUCCAUGGAUGAUUCAUCCAUUUUGCUGCCUGUGUUCAUUGCCAUUGGCGCCUUUAUACCAUUACUGUUUUGCCUCUGCAAGCUAUGAUCCCCAUGGGAUCGAUAGAACAUUAUAAUUAUCUUGGUUGAUUCAGAAACUUUUAUGCAUAUACAUACAUAUACAUGUAUGUAUGUAUAUAUAUAUUGCUUUUUUGUGAUUUUUAUAAAAGACUUAAUUGUAUACCCCUUAACGAUUAGUUGUGUACAUGUUUAGGAUCAUUUAUGUAUAUUUCUAUAUAUAUAUAUUUGUGAAUAUUUGCUUAAUAUUGCCACAAAACGAAAAGAAACUGAAGCACAAAUGUCCUUUGUUCCUUUCUGUUUUUUUUUUUUUGUAUCCUAACUUUAACAACGGCUAUGUAGGCUCGAGUUACUUAAACUUUAGAAAAAUGUUCAUUAAUUUUCAAAGAACGGCGAUACAAUUGAAAUUGCUUAAAAGAAAAAUUUGUUAUUUUUGAUUUGGUGAGAAAUGAAAUAAAUAAAAAACCUUGUUUGUUAUUGACAAAUUA